AUGGACGUGGAGGAGCUGUUUCUAGGUGAUCGUAAAUUAACACUACUGCCUAUUGUCGCCAGCGUGAUGGCCAGCUUUUUGUCUGCAGUCGGUAUUCUAGGUACCGCAUCUGAAGCAUAUAAAUUUGGUGUACAGUUUAUAUUAUUAGUUGGGGGUUAUUUAAUAGCCUUUCCAGUGGCAGCAUAUGUCUACAUGCCGGUGUUUUAUAAGCUAAGAUUAAACAGUGCUCAUGAAUAUCUUCAGAUGAGAUUUGGAAAGCCUGUCCGAUGGAUAGCUUCUUUAAUAUUUAUAUUACAAAUGACAGUGUAUAUUGCGCUUGCACUGUAUGCUCCUGCUUUGGCAUUUAGUCAAGUUAGCGGUCUACCUAUAUGGGUAUCAAUACUGUCUACUGGCACGGUUGCUACUUUUUACACAGCUAUUGGUGGUAUUCGUGCAGUUGUCUGGGUAGAUCUUUUUCAACUUAUUAUUCUUAUCGGAGGAUUUUGUAUCAUCACAGUCUUAAUUACUCUUAAAAUUGGCGGUUUAAAACCGUUAUGGGAUAAAGUAUUAGAGGGUCAGCGUGUUCAAUCCUUUGAUUUUAGUUUUGACCCUUUUAAACGCCAUACAUUUUGGACAUUAAUAUUCGGUGGUUCUGGAUUAGUUCUUAGUAUAUUCGGUGCUAAUCAAACACAGAUUCAACGAUAUAUGGCUUGCCGGGACUUAAAAACUGCUCGAAGAGCCAUUCUACUGAAUAUUCCCUUGACAAGUGUAUUCUUAGCCUUUCAACUGUUCACUGGUUUAGCUAUGUAUGCUUAUUUUUCCGGUUGUGAUCCAGUUAAGAGUGGAUUAAUUAAAAAUUAUGAUCAAAUACUACCAUACGCUGUAAUGGUUUUAUUCGAUGGAGUUGUACUUGUUCGAGGAGUGUUUCUGUCAGUUAUUUUUGCAGCUGCCUUAAGUACUGUAUCUUCGGGUGUGAACAGUUUGGCUAAUGUUACUCUAGAAGAUAUAAUACGUCCGUUAUAUAUUCAUUGGAAAAGUGUUGAUAUUUCAGAGAAAUGGAAAUAUCGAGUUGCCUUAUACUUAGGUUUUAUAUUUGGUAUUUCAACAGUUGGUUUAGCAUUUAUCUUCGCUUUAUCCAGUUCACAUAUUCUACAAAUAUCAUUCGCUUUAUUUGGAGCUAUCGGUGGUCCAAUAUUAACUGUAUUCACCGCUGGCAUACUUUUCCCUUGUAUUAACGCUAAAGGUGGAAUCUGUGCAUUAAUCAGCAGUUUUGUAUGCGGCCUAUGGUUGUCAAUAGGAGCUACUUUCAGUUAUUCAUCAGACAAUAUAAGUUAUUUACCAUUAUCAGUUUCCAAUUGCUCUUCCAACAUUCUACAAAAUGCAUCAUCCAGUGUAAAUGCAGCAGGUGCAAAAUGGUCAUUUUAUUCCCUGUCAUACCUAUACUAUUCGCUGGCAUGUCUUAUUGUGGGGAUCUCUUUAGGUUUUCUGGUCAGUGCAUUUUCAGGUUUUAACAGUCGAUCUCCAGUUAAUCCUAGAUUAUUAGCUUGGCAAGCUCGCGCAGUCUACAGACACUUACCUAGUUGUUUCCCAUCACAAACAGCGAGUGACGAGGUAACAUAUAAAAACAGAAUUUCUCCCGACACGUGUAUACACCAUCAACUAAGUAAUCCAUAUGAAGACGGCAUGAGUGUGAAGACAGUCGACGGGAAAAAACACUCAUCUGGGGAAGGUGAUGUUAUAUCAGUUGGACAAUCUAUUCCCAACUAA